CAACAACAGAUAGGCAGAGGCCGCAGGGAGCGCCCGAGCGGAGCUGCACCCAGUGGCCGGGGGGGGCCUCCCGGCGGAGCCGCGCGGCGAGGCGAGGGGGCUCGGAGCUGCCCGGGAUGGCCCGACCCGCGCUGCCCACCCAGGCGCUGCAGGCGCUGUGCGCCGCCGGCGGCUCCCUGGAGCAGGGCGAGCUGUCGCGGCGGCUCCCGGCCCUGAGUCCCAGCCUGGACAGCCUGUGGCUGACGGAGCCGGAGUGGUUCACGCUGGUGACCCGGCCGGGGCCCGGCUCGCCCGGCGGCCCGCCCCAGGAGCAGCGGGUGGUGGUGGCCACGAGCGCGGUGCGGCUGUGCCCGGAGCACGGCGGGCCGGGACCCGGCUGCGGGGGCCAGUGCGGCCAGCUCCACAUCUGCCGGUAUUUCCUGUACGGCAACUGCCGCCACCAGCGCACCAGGAAAGAAUGCAAGUUUGUUCAUAACUUUCAGUCAGAGCAUAACCUCAGUGUCCUAAAAAAACAUGGGCUUCAAAACUUAAAUGAUGAUGAGUUGCGUCAGCUCCUGCUUCAGAAUGAUUCUUCACUCUUACCUGAGGUAUGCAUGCAUUAUAACAAAGGUGAUGGACUCUAUGGGUCUUGUACCUUCAAGAAGAUCUGCACCAAACUCCAUAUGUGCCAGUACUACUUGCAAGGAGAGUGCAGAUUUGGCAAUAGUUGCAAGCGAUCACAUAACAUUUUAAAUCUGGAGUGUUAUGAAAAACUGGAGAGGCGGGGAAUGAGCCCGAACCUGAUUGCCAAACUGCCUUCUAUCUUCAGAAACAUGUACGACAUCAAAAAUGGCACUUUUUCACCAUGCAAAGCAAGAAGAGACAGUCUUAGUCAGGUAUCCCUGAAUACAAAUAGUAAUGAAGAAUUAGACGAGAUCUGCUUGUACUACAUAAGGAAAAGUUGUAGCUUUCAAGAUAAGUGUAUCAGAGUUCAUUUUCAUUUGCCAUAUAGAUGGCAGAUCUUGGAAGGUGCCCUGUGGAAGGACUUGAAGGAUAUGGAGAAAAUUGAAAAAGCAUAUUGUGACCCCAGUAAUAACAGGUUUUUAUACAGUGGCUUGCAGUAUAUAUAUUUUCAGAAUAUGACCUGUGGCUCUGCCAAAGUUAGGCGCCUCUCCACAGCAUCAUCUGUGACCAAACCCCCUCACUUCAUUCUUACAACAGAUUGGCUCUGGUACUGGAAGGACGAAUAUGGUGUGUGGCGUGAAUACGGAACAGAAGAUGGUGAUCAUGAUGCUUCCACAGUAUCCAGCGGUGACCUGGAGCACGCUUAUCUAGCAAAAGUGCCUCCAACGUUGCAGUUCAAAGCUGGGAGACAUGAAUAUGAACUCAACUUUAAAGCCAUGAAUCAAAGAAACCUUCACUAUAAGACACAGAGAGAGGUUUGCAGGAGACCCAAAUUCAUCUCCCCGCAAGAUGUGGAAAAACGGAGAAUCAGUGGUGUUGAGCAUUCACAGGAAGAAUCCAUUCCAGCUCACUGGGACAAAUCAGCUUUACCAGAAUUGGGAUACCAGCUGAUCAAGCUUCUCAGCUCUUCUGACGAAUACAAGAAGGUCCAGGCUGACUUUCAGCGCACAAUGCCCAAAACAGUCAUUCAAGAGAUUCAGAGAAUUCAGAACCCAACUCUUUGGAAAGUGUAUCAGUGGCAGAAAGAGCAAAUGCUGAAGACUAAUGGAGGAAAAGAUGUGUGUGAAAAACUCUUAUUUCAUGGGACCAGUAAAAAGCAUAUUGAUGCCAUCUGCCAGCAGAACUUUGACUGGAGAAUCUGUGGUCUUCAUGGGACAGCUUAUGGCAAAGGAAGCUACUUUGCAAGGGAUGCAUCGUACUCUGAUAACUAUAGCAAGACGGCCUCAAACAUCAAGACCAUGUUUCUGGCUCGGGUCUUGGUGGGGGACUUUACCCUUGGUAGGUCUUCCUAUCUUCGUCCUCCCGCCAAGGACAGCGGAAACGAUUUCUAUGACAGCUGCGUGAAUAGCCUUUCGAAUCCGUCUAUCUUCGUCAUCUUUGAGAAACAUCAGAUUUAUCCUGAGUAUCUGAUCGAAUACAUGGACCAGGCGGUGGCAACUGCUCUGUCAAUGGCUGCACAUGCUGCUUAUUUUCGGAAUUGACCUAACUGAGGAGAGUUUUUUGUGUAAUAAAAUAUGCCCAGUACAUUUUCUACAUAUGUAGACUCUCCAUCCUCUCCUUGUAACAGUAAGCAGAGCUGAGUAUCUUAAGAAAUUUUAGAAAAGACAUAGUAUUUUUAUGACAGGUUUCAGAGUAGCAGCCGUGUUAGUCUGUAUUCGCAAAAACAAAAGGAAUACUUGUGGCAGCUUAGAGACUAACAAAUUUAUUUGAGCAUAAGCUUUCGUGAGCUACAGCUCACUUCAUCGGAUGCAUCACGAAAGCUUAUGCUCAAAUAAAUUUGUUUGUCUCUAAGGUGCCACAAGUUUCAGAGUAGCAGCCGUGUUAGUCUGUAUUCGCAAAAAGAAAAGGAGUACUUGUGGCACCUUAGAGACUAACAAAUUUAUUAGAGCAUAAGCUUUCGUGAGUCCGAUGAAGUGAGCUGUAGCUCACGAAAGCUUAUGCUCUAAUAAAUUUGUUAGUCUCUAAGGUGCCACAAGUACUCCUUUUCUUUUUAAGGUGCUACAAGUACUCCUUUUCUUUUUGAUAGUAUUUUUAUGAGUUUUUAAAAUCCAGUCUUUAUUCCUAAGUUUCUCUAGUGAGGCUAACUUGUUUUUCCCACUGUUAGUCUGUUCUGGGGGAUUUAAUUAAUCCAGUAGAUGUUUAUCUCAUUCUUGCACUGUGAGAUGAAGUAAUAGAAAAGCAGGUGGUUGCGAUGUCGUAUGAAAUUCUUAAAAAUAAAAGGAAUUAUGUCUUCAUUAGUUCUCCCCUAGUGAAGUUAGCUGUGAAACUAGUUAGCCAGGGCAGAAUCUGCAAAAGGCUUCUUGCGGGCAAGCAAUUUUUUUAAUAGUUCCCUGAGGACUGUUGCAUACAUGGCCCUCCUGUGGAUCACUGCUACCACAUCAGGGUGACCUACAUCCCUCUACUUGCUAAAGGUUUCUCCUCCUAAUACCUCAGGCCUGCUAAGCCCCAAAUGUGGGUUACAAAUAAAAUAACCCAGGAAGCUUUGAAUCUGUGUAGUUACAAGAGUUUGACUCAGGCUUUGUGGUGAUUUGGUUGGAACAGCAGCAAGCUUAGGUGUGUAAGAUGGGACACUGGAACAGUUGCUGUGUGUUCUUUCUCCUCUCCAGCAGAACUACUUCAGACAAAACAUCUAAGAACUUCUCUUUCUUACUCUUUUCUCUUUUACACUUGCCUGUAGAAUUGAUGUUUUUCUGACAUGGUGUGAGAGAUGUGGCUGCUACAGCUUUCUGCUCUUAUCUGUUCCUAGUUGUCAGAGGUGGUAUAUAGAUACACAUUUUCAUUUUUUUAAAAGCAUGAUUCUUCUUUAAGAAUCAGUGUGGGGAUCAUGUUUAUUGUCUUUGUGGCUCCAGGUUAAAAGUUUUUACAAGGCUGUUUUUCCUUGCUGUCAGCCCUGCAAACUCAACUUGGGGAUCUAAGCAUUGAGUGAGGUUCUUUCCUCCUCCUCCAUCAUCAAUGCCAGUAAUAAAGGUUCAUAGGUCAUGUCGUUUGCCUUCAGUGACAUCUGUGCAAACCCACUAUAUUCUGUGGGGGCUAUACAGGUUUAAGUGAUUGGUCCUGUAAUUGGAAUAUAGAAAACAAUUCUGUUGAUGUAUCAGAAAGGAUAGAAUCUAGUUCACUAUUUAUCUUGGCUCUAUUCAUUCCUGUAUGUUAACAAGAGUCAAAAGCAAUCAAAACUCUGACACUGAAAUCAACUUUCUAGUUCUUAUAAAUGCAAGGAACGGAUAGACUGAGUAAAUGUACCAUUUCACAUACAGUAGUUGCAUUUCAGAAUAGAACUGCACUUCUGAGCUUUCCUUGCAUCUGGGAGGCUUUCCCCUUCCACCUGUUGACUAAUGUGUGAAUGAAAAGUUAAGCCUAGAUUUUUAAUACAUUCCCUUCCGGGGUGUAUUUAUGUGCAGGGUAAAGUUCUGUCCAAAAGCCUGCUGCAAUAUGGGAGAGCAGAAGAAACUUCAAAAUCCUAAUAAUGCCUCUUAUUAUCACUAAUUACUUACUCUGCAUGGAUUUCUUCUGACUUCUCUACCUAUCUUCUGGUAAAGAUUGGAAGCAAGUGCUAAAGCUGGAAGCAUAGCAAGGACAGAUUAAAGGUUGCUCGUCCUUGUAUGUCAGUAAGACUGUCUGUAUAUACACAAAAUAAACUAUAGUGCUUUGAUCAGCUGUGAACAGCUGUGAAAAGCUGAGCUACUUAGUUUUGUAAUGACGCUGCUGCAACUAAUGAAUGCGUUACUAUAGAGCUGUGAGAAUUCUGGAUGAACCACUAAAGCUUUCCAUAGCUUUCACUCUCCGUACAUGUUUGUCCUGGUAGGGGAGGGUAUAAUAUGACUUUUAUUGGUACCUGGAAAUGUAAGCAGCUGUAUACUUCUCAUUUACAAUCAUGAUAUUGGUGACUGAAGCUUAACAUUUGCAUUGCUUGGAGAGAGGAGACUACUACUCAGGAUCCUUACUCUCCUUUGUAAUUGUUGGGAAUGGUGGGGUUACAGCAGCUGUCUUUCAGUGACAGUAAAUGUAUUGGCUAGUCAUAUAUUCUAAGUGCCUAUGAGGAAAAAUGUCUAACUGGAAGCAAUCUGUAGCCCUUGUUCUCGAUGUUUUUAAUGUUUGAAACUGAAAUUGAAUCUUCUUAUUCUCAGCCGUAUGUAUGUUACCUUCUGUAGCAAUAUGUAUGGCUCCUCUUUUUUUAAUGCAAAUUAAAAUAUUUUGAACCAAAAACUGA